CCCCUUCAGUCUUUGCCAGAUAGCGAAGAGAAAAGAGAAUAUCCAGUCUUCCUUUGGACUUCGGUUUGUAUAAACAAACAUUACAGGAAUAAUUUUGAGGGUUACAUUUGAAACCCUCCCCUGUAUGCCAGAUUUGGUUGAGCCCAGGGUUCCAGCAGAUCCAAGAUGGCGGACUGAGCAGCGCCGUGCAGAAGUUCACUUUUAACUGUAAACGCUGAAGCUUGUUCUCCUGCCUCUCUCUCGUCGAGCUGCAGUUUGUUGAGAACGAAUACUGAUGUUCCCAGCAAUGUUGAGUUGAAGUUCUUGUGACAGUGGAGGAAAAGCCAGGCCAAGCAAGGCUCUUCCAGAUUUGGAGCGGAAGGUUUUCAGAUCUGCAGUAUUUUCCAGGUGUCUUUUUCUGGGAUGUCCAGGCAGGGUGGCCUGAGGGGGUUCAGCCCCGAAGCGCAGGCCACCAACACAGACACUCCCACUGCUGAGAGACUACACAAGCAUCUACAGACGGACACAUCCAAAUGUAAAGACACCUGCACCGCUGCUUGAAAGAAAGAACUGACCAAGCAGCAAACAGCUCAGGCUGAACUUUGGACCUGAUAUUCAGGAGAUCACCUGUGUCGUUGCCAGCUUUUAUUCAGCCAACUGCCCUUUCUCCCUCUUCAAUCACCAAAUAUUUGACAUUCCAUCCAUCAAAUAAUCAUCUAUCCUUCCCUCUGUUCCUCUUAGCAUUCAGUCAUAUGAGUUUUUGCACUGCAGAGCUAGAAGUGGAGAAUAGGUAAUGCAUGAUGCUGGCCAUGGUGACCUAGUGUAAAUGGCUAUUCCUCAGCACAGCUCAGUGCCGGUGUCUACUGCUCGAUCUUCCGCCUCCACUCCCUCCUCCUCUCACCCCUACUCCACCUCUCUGCUCUCCUUCACUGUUCACUGCUGCUGCUUGCUGCCCAGUCCUGCCUCCCCCCUCCAACACCAUGGUAGGUGCAGGCUUGGGUGUGUGGAAGCUAAUGAGAGGUGUCCGCCAGCUGGAGCUUCACCGCCUCAUCCUGGCACUUAUCAUCUUCUGCUUACUGUCCAUGGCCUUCCUAGCUUACUACGUCUCCAACAGCCCCAAAAUCAAGGAGGCCCCACCUUUACCCUUCAGUGACUGUGGCGGAGGAGGGGGAAUGUCACCCGGAGCGAGUACUGGGGCGGCUGGAGGAGGACCAGGUGUCCAGAGGUCACCGCUUUUCCUUCCUUCACGCCAGGGCCGAUUACGACAGGUGAAGGCAGUUGACAAUUCUAGGACGCAGCCUGUUGUUCUGGUGUUUGUGGAGAGCAUCUACUCCCAGCUGGGCCAGGAGAUUGUAGCCAUAUUAGAGUCUAGCCGCUUUCACUACCGGACAGAGAUUGCUCCCGGUAAAGGUGACAUGCCCACAUUGACGGAGCAUAACCGUGGACGCUACACACUGAUCAUCUAUGAAAAUGUGCUGAAAUAUGUCAACCUGGAUGCGUGGAACCGUGACUUGCUGGACAAGUACUGUGCUGAGUAUGGAGUAGGAGUCAUUGGCUUCUUUAAAGCUAAUGAAAACUCUCUUCUUAGCGCACAGCUCAAAGGUUUCCCCCUCUUUCUACACUCACACCUGGGACUCAGGGACUACCGUAUCAACCCCAAUGCUCCUCUACUGUAUAUCACCAAACCCAACCAGGUUGAGCAGGGCCCUUUACCAGGGGAUGACUGGACCAUUUUCCAGUCCAACCACUCUACCUAUGAACCAGUGCUUCUGGCUAGCACCAAGUCCUCUGAGGUGCUGGCACAUCUUGGACCCAGUCCUCUCCGGGCCCUCCACGCCACCGUGGUCCAGGACUUGGGACUCCACGAUGGCAUUCAAAGAGUUCUCUUUGGGAACAAUCUCAACUAUUGGCUUCACAAGCUAGUGUUUGUAGAUGCCAUUGCAUACCUGACAGGGAAGAGACUGUGUUUGUCCUUGGACCGCCACAUCCUGGUGGACGUGGAUGAUAUAUUCGUUGGCAAGGAGGGAACCCGUAUGAAGGUGUCGGAUGUGGAGGCGUUGCUCAACACUCAAAACAAGCUGAGAGCACUGGUCCCCAAUUUCACCUUCAACUUGGGAUUCUCUGGAAAAUUCUAUCAUACAGGUACUGACGAGGAGGAUCGGGGAGAUGACAUGCUGUUGCAGCACAGGAUGGACUUCUGGUGGUUUCCUCAUAUGUGGAGCCACAUGCAGCCUCACCUUUUUCACAACGUCAGCGUCUUGGCUGAGCAGAUGAGGCUUAACAAGAUCUUUGCUCAGGAGCACGGCAUUCCGACAGAUAUGGGCUACGCAGUGGCUCCGCACCACUCUGGGGUUUACCCAGUUCACAGCCAGCUCUAUGAGGCCUGGAAGUCUGUGUGGGGCAUCAAGGUGACCAGCACUGAGGAAUACCCCCAUCUGAGGCCAGCUCGAUACCGCCGCGGCUUCAUUCAUAAUGGAAUCCAGGUGUUGCCGAGGCAGACCUGUGGUCUGUUUACCCAUACAAUCUUCUACAAUGAAUACCCAGGAGGCUCAAAGGAGCUGGACAAGAGCAUCAGAGGAGGAGAACUCUUCCUCACUGUCCUCCUAAACCCUAUCAGUAUCUUCAUGACCCACCUGUCUAACUAUGGCAACGAUCGGCUGGGUCUGUACACCUUCGAGUCUCUGGUGAAGUUUGUCCAGUGUUGGACCAACCUCAGGCUGCAGACGUUGCCCCCUGUCCAGCUCGCUGAGAAAUACUUCCAGAUCUUCCCUGAGGAGAGAGACCCCCUCUGGCAGAACCCUUGUCACGACAAGAGACACAAAGAUAUCUGGUCCAAAGAAAAGACCUGUGACCGACUCCCCAAGUUCCUCGUCAUUGGACCACAGAAAACCGGCACUACAGCGCUUCAUUCAUUCCUGAGCCUCCACCCGGCAGUCACCAGCUCCUUCCCAAGCCCCACCACCUUUGAGGAGAUCCAGUUUUUCGGUGGAGCAAACUAUGACAAUGGGAUUGACUGGUACAUGGACUUCUUCCCAUUCCCUUCCAAUGUCAGCACAGAUUUCAUGUUUGAAAAGAGUGCCAACUACUUUGACACAGAGGUAGCUCCUAAGAGAGCUGCCGCCCUGCUUCCCAGAGCCAAAAUCCUGGCAGUGCUCAUCAACCCGUCUGACAGGGCUUACUCCUGGUACCAGCACCAGAGAGCCCACCAGGACCCUGCAGCCCUCAACAACACUUUCCAUGCAGUGGUGACUGCUGGCCUCUCAGCCCCCAGGGACCUGCAGGCCCUUCAGAGACGCUGCCUUCAUCCCGGGGCCUAUGCUACUCACCUGGAGCGCUGGCUGCAACACUACCAGCCCAGUCAGUUGCACAUCGUGGACGGCGCCCUGCUGCGCUCCAAUCCAGCACUGGUGAUGGAGGGGAUCCAGAGAUUCCUCGGUGUCACUCCCAUCUUCAACUACACCCAGGCUCUAAUGUACGAUGACAGCAAAGGUUUCUGGUGUCAGCGGGUGGAAGGAGGUCGAGCAAAAUGUCUGGGGAAGAGUAAAGGCAGGAAGUACCCUGAGAUGAGUUCUGAGUCGCGUGCCUUCCUGGCAGAGUACUACCGUGAGCACAACAUGGAGCUGCUGCAUCUGCUGAAUCGGUUGGGCCAACCGCUGCCGUCCUGGCUCCGCCAAGAACUCCAGAGCACGAGCUGGAGCUGAGGCCACAUGCGCUCACACACACAGACAGACAGACACAGGACAGAAAAGCCGGGACUGGAGUCUGUGGAUGAGCCAACUGCUUGGCUCUGGAUUAGACUGGACUACCUGAUCUGGAAUCAACAGCAGCACACACUGAAUGAGCUACAAGGUUUGAGCCGAUGUUACCGGUGCUCCUGGCAAGAAGAAGACAACAUGAGGUCUUUCUUUAAACAUUGGGCACCGUUGGAGAAGUGGACUCUCCCUCCAACUCCUGAUUUGUUGCCAAUCUCCCGCGAGCACUGGACCGCCCUCAACCUCAGUGUGUGUGUGUGUUGGACCGGGGUGACAUCAGUUUGCUGUGGAUCCAGAGGGACUGGGUGACCAGCAGGUUUGAGGCAUAAAGACCAGGUCAGACAGCCUUAACGCGAGGAGAGAAAGUCACAGGGCGAGCACGUGUGGAUGUGAGUGUACGACUGGAUACAGGACUAACAUACACAAACACACACACACACACACACACGCCUCACCUCUCCACAAGAAUGAUUGUAAAGCAGUCGAUUUUCAAAAGCAGUUGUAUAUGUUAGGUGUGAGGGGGAGUGAAAUGACCAGCAGCCUGAAGCAGACAGUACAGACAGACAGACAGACGGUCCAUAUCCUGGUCCAGGUUUCUCUGCCACACACACAUUUACCUGCAGGUCUAGCCAACAGUCGGGGUACUGCCUUUUAUCCUCAGUUUUCCAGUCUGUUUAAUGUCGUCGCAGACAUUUUAAAAUGGAUUUAUCUAACAUGAUGACAGCUCAAUGUAAAUAUCAUGUGUUCAGAUUUGGUACAUGUGGUCCAGGCUCUGCCUCGCACUAACAUCCUGUCAGGGAAGCUGUUUUUUCACUGAAGUGAAGAUGUUUUUUGAAUGAUAAUGGACUAUACUCCACAUUGGCAAGUUUCUCCAGUUUUUAUUUUGAAUUGCUUUGUAUUCUUGCUCUUAACCUGCAUAGCUUCCAUGUUUCAAUACUGGAGUGAAGCACACAGCACUGCGGAGCAAAGCUUGAUUUAGGACUGGAGUUUGUUAUUUGAGCAAUGUAGUAUUAAAGGUCCAACAUUGAGGAGGAUCUAUUGUCAGAAAUGGAAUAUGUGUGGACCAGUCAGUACCUUUAGCCUACUAAUAUAGCUGAAUUUUCCAAGAAAUGAAGUGUUUUUAGUGAUGAAAGGAAUGUUAUUAAUGAAUGAUAAUGGUCCAUUGUAAAUUUGCAGUUUGUCUACAGAGACAAAUGUUACCCUUAAACAUAUGUAAGGUUGGGCGCACAGAUUUUUAAAUAUGUCUUUCUGCCUGGUACAUUUCAAACUUCACGUCUCAAGCUGGUGACUCCUGCUGGUUUAUAGCCUCCAAGCUGAGAUAACACCAUCAGGGUUACUUUCUCAGACUUGACAAAGCUGCCCCAGAACCACAGAAGACAUACAAAUGGUUACAGACACGAGACCAACCACGACUAGCCAAUUAAGUAUUUGGUCGAAAAUGUGCUUUUUAUUUACUUUAUCAUCAAUCAAAGUGUUUUUGACUGUGAUGAACAGUUAAGCAGUCUUUUUACAGUGAUCCUGACAGGAUGUGAGCAUGCAAUACAGUCCUGGACCAGAGCUAUAUAAACCUAGUGUGGGUUGUGUUUGACUGUGAAAAGGGGAAUAAGCAACUCAGUGAGUAAGAGUGCUACACAGAAACAUUUAAAGCCUAUCACAUGUCAAAAAUCUUCUAAAAAAACCAACACAGAGUGCUACGCACACACACACACACACACACACACACACACCACCCCACACACCACCCCACACACUCUCAGUUGUCUCCAUCCAAGGACAGACACCACGAAUGUCAUUGGACGAGAGAACAGCCGUCGGAGCCAGUAUGGAGAUGAAUCAGAAGCUGCUGUCUUGUUUUCUGUUUGUUUUGUAUAAAUGUCAAAAAGGCCAACACUGUAUCAUCUCUAAUAAACACAUAGGGAGGUUGGAAA